ACGCGUCAAAAAUCUGCAGCAUUUACUGUAAACAAAUUAUUUUUCAUAUAAUGCACUUUUAACCGGCAAAAUGAGCGACAUUCACAUGGAGGGGUCGCUCCUGGACGAGAUUCGGAAAUUGACUGAGCACCAAAAUAAUAUCGUAUCGAAAUUUGACGUGUUGACCGAAAACGUAGACGAAAUCCGUAAGGAUGUUGCUUUGCUUUCCGAUAAGGUGGCUACCUUAGAAGAGCUGGCUUUGGAUCGUAAGAAGUUGAAAUUCGAAGUUAAAGUGUUAAAAAAUCGUCUUGAAGAGCUAUAUGCUAUUGUGAAAGAGGAGAAAGAGGACUCCUUUUCAGCGGACGAUAUUAAGGAGGUGGAGUCUUGUCAUUCUGAGUUAUCUUCGUCUUCCAAGGUGACGAUGACUACGGGCCUGGACAAGGAUACCAUCCGCGCCGCCUACGACGAUGUGCGCUCCGACGGUUCACCCACCGAGUGGGCGGUGUUCAAAUUUGAAGGCACCCGCAUCGUGUGUUCAGCCCGCGGUAGCGACUUCACCGAGUUCCGCACUCACUUCAAGGACGACGAGCGCGCUUUCGGCUACCUUAGGUUGCAAAUGGGCGACGAGAUGUCGAAACGCAAGAAGUUCCUCCUUGUGACCUGGGUGGGCCCCAACGUGUCCGUCAUCAACCGAGCCAAGAUGUCCACUGACAAGGCCAUCAUUAAGGACAUCAUCUCUAAUUUCGCAGUGGAGCUACAGUUGGAGAGCCAAGCCGAAAUAGACAUAGAUCAAUUCAAGGAUGCCCUGAACAGGGCGGGCGGCGCUAACUACGGCACUGGGAUCCGGGACUUAUGAGCCGCACAAUAGCCACUUAAAAAAACCGCCUUUUGUUCUGUUCUUCUCCUCCUUCUUCUUCGUAGCCUUAAGGCCGUAACACACCGUCGCACCGCACCAAGGUCAUUGUACGACGCAUCCAUAAGUAAGAGCGAGAAAGCGAUAUCUCUUUCUCGCUCUUACUUAUGGGUGCGUCGCACAAUACCUUGACCAGUGACCUUGGUGCGCUGCGAUGGUGUAGGACGAACAUUAUAUACCAUUUAAAGCCUGACCAGGAAUAUAUGAUCACGCGCCAUGUUGCGGAAUUUUACUGGAACUAAUUUUUCAUACUGUACUGAACUGUCACUAUACAUGAGAAUAACAGCGCCCUCUUGACAAUGAUCAUAUAUUUCUGGUCAGGCUUUACUUGGGGUCGGCUCACCUUAUACGGCCUUUAUGUUCCGUUGCGGUAUUUUUUGAUCUAUUAAAAAGCAGGGCAAGUUUUUUCUAUUUAAAUCGAGGGUAUUAGCGGCCGAAGUUUUAUUUUUUCUUGUGCUUUUGUUUUUUUUUAUAAAAUUUAAUUAGUCAUCUAUAUAUAAACAUUAUUUAUUUCGCAUGAUGAUAAGUCUAUUUUUUUAAGUGAAAUUAACCACGUCGGUCGCUUAGGGGUCGAGUUUUAUAUACGAGUCACGUGCAAUUAUUUGGUAUUUAUUAUAAUAAGAUACUUGCCAAAAAAUAGUAAAAGUUGCCAUGUAGAAGGCGCGUAAGUGCAUUUAUUUUUUGUCUACUUUGUACUGAACAUGUCGAAAUUUACAUUGUAUACAAAAUUCGGAUUUAAUGGGCUUAUACCUAUACAUUGAUUAGUGUUAUAUAAUUAUUAUUGGUAAAUCAACUGAAGUAAAUACAAUUAACCAACAAAA